AUGGACAAUACAACACCCGCUAUUAAUGGAUCAACAGUUGAUAGUGAUCAAAAUGGUUUGAACGAUGUUUCUAGGGUUGAAACGCAAGUCACAAACGAGCAUUCGACAGCACCGAAAACUCACUCGCAUGGACAGAAUACACACAGAUAUACGGAUCUGACCACUAAUCUUGCAAGUAGCACAGUGACACUUAUUAUUCAAAGAUCGAAGCCACUAAUUCUCAAACUACGAAAUCCAAGCCACGCCUGGGGUGGAUUAGGCAGUGCAGUCAAACCUCAAAAUGAUAUCGAAUCGACGAUCAAUUCACUGGGUGAUGAACUAGUUGCUCAUAUCACAGCGACUGUGAACAGUAUUCGGAAUGAAGUCAAAAGUGCUCGUCCCCAACCAGACGAAGAAAACUAUGAGCUGAAAACGGCCGCUUAUCAAGAAUUAGUUAAGUCUAUUACACAUAUCAUGAAUAACUUAACAGCAACCUUGGAUGAUUUCUUCAUCGAAUAUCGCAAACUUAUUGAUCGAUUCUGGGAUCAUAUUCGGAACUGUGCGGACUCAGAUGUACCCGACUCUGUUCAACAAUUUGAAAAUCAAACAGAAAAAAUAUUUCGUGAUGCCGUGACAAAUAAGAUUGAGCCAUUGUUUAAAGCGAUCGAUUCUAAACUUAACCCAUCGGAACAAUCACUGGGGUUUUGUUGA